UAUCAUCCUCAAGUUAUGUCUCCUCCAUUUCAACAACAACAGCCACAACAACAUAUUGUUCAUGUCCUAGAUUCUCCACAUAAUCAACAACUUGGUAAUAAUAAUGGUGGGCAAGAAGACCGUCCUCUACCUCCAAUUAUAUCCAGAAUUCCAAAUCCUCGACUUAAUGCGCAACAAUUUGUGGAUUCCGUUAUUGGUCAAAAUUUGACUUCUGUUCCUUCUGCAACUGAAAACCAUCCCCCUCAACAUUAUCAAAAUUCUGGUGUGACCCCCCUCGAGCAUUUGGUAGAAAUGACAAGUGCUUCUACUAUGCCUCAACAGACAUCUAGUAGAAAUUUUGAGAAUUUGCCGGCACAUAUUUCCCAUAAACAAUCGACAUCUUCAGCUAUUCCAGAAAUUGUUGAUUUACUGGAUGAUGAAGAGGAAGAAGGACAAAAUAAAAAUAAUUCUUCUUGUCAAGAAUUAGAAGCUUCAAUAAAUCGUUUAAUAACAGUCCCUAUAGCUACUGAUAUAAUUAUUAAUUCUGAAAAAAUUGAAAAAAUUAAUGAUAAUUUAAAUUUGCUUCAACAACAAGAUUCUGCUAUACAACAAUUACAGCAACAACAACAACAAAAUAGUAAUAAUAGCCCUCAUUUAUUAAAAGCUUUGCGUCAGAAUAAACCGCAAAGCGCUGCUGCAGAUUCUACUGUUUCUUUUGCUGGAAAUAAUUCGACUGAAUCUCCUUCUACUGUCGCUCCAAUAAAUACAAAUUCUGGUACUAAACGAAAACCAGCAUCAAUAAAUAUCGAUGAUGGGGAACAACAAAAACAGAAACGGAUAGCCAAAGAAAUUAAUAAUAAAAUUUUAAAUUUAAAUAAUAAUGAAGAAAAAAGGCCUGUAAAUAUUUCUCCUCCGGCCGAUUUAAUUACUACAACAACAGAAGAAAAUGGGGAAGGGGGAGGAGGAGAAGAUUUUGAUAAUAAAGAAGAGAAUAAUGAUGAACAAAAAUUAGGCAAACUUAAAACUUCGAGAAAAUCAGAAACUCCGAAUAGCCUCGAUUUACGUGUAUUUAGUUCUCCGGAAGAACAAAAUGCUGAGGAGGUUGCUACUCAACAUGAAAAAAUGAAUGAAAAAAUUUCAAUAAAUUCAAAAACUGGGAAAAUUUCAACAAUUAACCCUUUAACUAGUAAUAAUGAAGAAGCAUCCUGUAGUAAUAAUAAAAAAUCUGAAGGAAAAAAUUCUGAAAAUGUUGGAAAUAAUAAUAAAACGGAAGAAAGUCGUAAUGCUACAAGUGAUGAUUUUUGGGAUGAUUAUUGUUAUGUAUGUUCUCAAGGUUGUGAUGAAACUACUGGAUCUCUUGGUUGUUGUGAAUCUUGUCCACGUGUCUUUCAUUCUCAUUGUCAUGUUCCACGAAUUAAGGGCUAUAUGGAGGAUUUACCUGAUGAUUGGCGUUGUUCUGUCUGUGUGGAAUGCGAACCUUUGACUGUUCAAACCCAAGAAUUUGGUUAUAGGGAACAAUUGCUCUGUGCAAAAGUCUUUUUGGCCUGUUUUGAAGAUAACAGUCAAGUAGAAUUAUUUGUUAAUCAAGUACCACAAUCCGAAACAGAUUAUCAUUCUGUUAUUAAUCACCCAAUAUGGCUACAAAGAAUUGGGGAAAAAAUUAAUUUUAAAUCUUAUACAAAUGUUUCCAAAUUUUUGGAUGAUAUGAAUUUGUUAUUUCAGAAUUUUUCUACCUUUAAUUCGCCUAGCGAUCCAUUAGCUACAAAAGGUAAAAGUGUUUAUACACGAUAUAUCCAAGCUGUCAAAAAAUUUAUGCCUUUUUAUCAAAAACAAAUUUGGAUUUAUGUUUCUUUAUAUUCUACUCGUUUUAAUUCAACACAAGCAACAACUUCUUCCUCUCUCAAUUUGCCUAUGGAGGAAGACAAUGUCGAGCAUAAUAACCGUAAUCGUUUAAUAGUAAAAGGAACUACUGUUGGGCGUAAGCGUGGUGGUUCAAAAGCAAAAUCCCAGACUCCAGCUUGA